ACGACCAGAAAGCCGUAUUCUCACAACACACACUACCUGGAGGAGUUGCUUUCUCUCCAAAAGGCCAAACUCGGAGCCAUGGCGUCAGCGCUGCCCCCCAAUUUCUCUUGGGUGGUCUCAGGCCUCUUGGCUGGCCUGGCCAUGCCCCGCCUCCCUGCUCACUACCAAUACAUGCACGACCACGGGAUCCGGCACCUGGUAUCGCUAACCGAGCGAAGCCCGCCUUACCACGACAGCUGCCCGGGCAUCCAAGUGCACCGUCUGCGCAUUGCUGAUUUCUGCUCCCCCUCGACCGAACAGAUCCAGCGGUUUCUGCAGAUUGUGGAAGACGCCAACGCCAAGGGGGAGGUAAGGGGGUUUCCGUGGUCGCGGGGAUGCCCACUCAUUAUGGGCCGGUCACCCCCUCUGCGAGCUGAAGUUAAACUUUUUCAAGAGUGA